GACAGGUAAGCAGAGGAGAUCACAGGCCUACUAUUACACCUUGCAAGCCCAUUUUCAUAGAAAGCCACAAACAUGCCUGUGACUAUAUGCCAGACCUUGGGCUUUAUGGUUUGCCUGAUAGGAGUUGCUGGAAUUAUUGCAUCUACUUGCAUGAACCAAUGGAGCACGCAAGAUCUUAUGAACAAUCCUAUCGCGGAUGUCUAUACUUCCCAGGGGUUAUGGCGUACCUGCACCACAGAGAGCAAUGGUCUUACAGAGUGCCGUCCAUUUUUGACUAUCCUUGGAUUACCAGCGAUGCUCCAAGCUGUAAGAGCACUGAUGAUUGUGGGCAUUGUGCUGGGUGCUUUUGGUCUCCUGGUGGCUACAUUUUCUCUGAAAUGUUUACGGAUGGGCAACAUGGAAGAUUCUGCAAAGGCAAGCAUGACUUUGGCUGCUGGAGUCAUGUGCAUUGUAGCUGGUAUUUGUGCUAUCUGUGGAGUAUCUGUUUUCGCCAACAUGCUUGUCACAGACUACUGGAUGUCAACGGCUAAUAUGUACCAGCCAGGAAUGAUGCAGUCACUCCAAGUAAGAUAUACAUUCGGCUCUGCUCUCUUUGUGGGAUGGGUUGCUGGAGGCCUGGCCUUUGUAGGAGGCAUUAUGAUGUGUGUUGCUUGCCGAGGACUGGUACCUGAAGAGACCCAUUACAAGGCAGUCUCCUAUAAGUCUGCUGGGUAUAAAUCUGGAACUGCUUAUGAAACCAAGAAGACUCCAGUAAUGGAUAAUAAUACUGUCAAAAGUGAUGAAGGAAGACGUUCCUACCCUACAAAAUAUGACUAUGUAUAGAAAUUGCUCUGUUAUUAUAUAGCUCCACACUCUACUUGUUAAAACUUUAGCUUUAGUCAAAACUAAGUGAAGUGUUAACGGUACGUUUCAUCUCACUUUGAAUUAUUCUUAGGUUUGCCCUUAUGAUGCUGGAAAUCCUUAUCCAGUUGUUUAUUAAUGUUUGCUUUAUGAUUGUGAAUAUCGUGGUAAGCUUGAAAUGAACUGAUUAUUUCACUCUGCAAAUAAUUGCAUCCUUUUCAAAGUUGAAAACACCCCACUGCCCAUUUACUAUAUUUUAAAUAGGUGUAACUAUAUAGUAAAAAAAUGGACAUUGCAGUGUACAAUAUUGAAUCCAUUUCAGGUUCAUGCUUUGAGACUUUACAGCAGUGUUUUUAAAAGUUUUGGGAAUUUAAGAUGUAAGCACUUCAACUCACAGAAUUCCUAUGCUGGCUAAGGAUUUCUAGGUGUUGAAGUCCACAUAUUUUAAAGUUCCCAAGUUUAAAAAACACUUUACAGUUUUGGACAAAUCUUGAUAAACUACUUGGGCGUUUACCUAAAUCAUUCAAAAUUCAAUACAAGUUAAGAAAAUUAUUUUAUUUUCAUUUCUAAAAGUAAUAUGUAACAUUAGAAUGAAUCAGGGUGAACAUGAAGUAGGAUUGAUUGCUAAAACAAAUACCCUUGCUGUAUUUCAGCAGGUAUUAAGUUCUAGUGUGUUUUCUUUCUUAAUUCAUUCAUUCUUACAAAAACACUGAUAUAAUAAACAUAAGUCAAUUAUUGUAACUUGCUUACAACAAAUGUUUCCUAAUACACUUUCAGCCAUGGUACAUCUUGUAUGAUGCAACUAUGUUAUCGUUCUUACAUUUAAGUCUUGAAUACUCUACUGACAAAAUAAAUUUGCAACAUUAGUAUCAUAUAUUGUCUUGAGACUGCAUUACCAAGGUAACAUUGGUCUGCAGCAUUUUAUCUUUUUGUUUAGGAUGCUAUAGAUGGAGAACAACGAACUCAGAAAUUAGAUCAUUUUUUAAUCCCCUGCUAGAGGUGUAUCAUUUUGGAUGUGUGUGGGUUACUUUUUGUUAAAUUUCUGGUUGGAAUUAAAUUACAAAUGUUUAUAAUCCGCAGAAACUUCAAAGAAACCUAGAGACUUGUAUUCAUGCUUAUAUUUUCCAGUGCAGUUUUCCUUUUCUUCACAUUUUUGGAGGCAUUUUUAAUAGAAUAUAUUUUGUGAGGUUUUUUUCUAAUAUACACUUUUUAGUAUUGUUUUAUAUUACUUAAUUUUAAAACUGGAUUGUGUUCAUGUAUUUUUUGUCUUUUUGGGGAUAUGUAUAAUCAUUCAGACAUUUUGAUGGGCCAUAUUUCUCACUUAUUCCUAAUUAUUAUUAGCUUUCUUCCAAGCUAGUAGUUUUUAGUAUAACAUAGAAUAAAAAUGGAGGUCAAAUAUAAAAACAAAAUAAUUAAAAUAAGUAUUUUGAGUUCAGUGAGUUGUUUAACUUGCAUAGAACUGUAACCUAGUUAAAAUUCUUUUGGUAGAUAUUAUCUUGAUAAUUAUUAAUUUGACAAUGCUACUGUUUUGCUUUCCAAUCCUACUAAUGAAAACUUCAUUGUUGCCAUUCUUAAAAAAAAUAUUUAAUGCUAUCUGUUGUGUUUAGAAUUAAUACUUUGUCUUAAAAUUGUGCAGUUCUAUUAUUUUUAUAAAAUGAAGCAAAUUUUAUAGUAUUUUCCAUAAGGUUAGAAAUCUGAGAGUCCAACUUCUAUUCCAUUGCACUGAUCUUUGACGGAAUAGUGUGAGAGAGGUCUACACUAUGUGACUCCAUAGAAGUUACAUUAUAUUCAAGCUUGCCAAAGGAAAACAAGGCAAUUGAAUCCUUGAAGGCCACAAAAGCUGCAGGAAGAAAGAACAGUACUGUUAACUUUGGACUGAAAGAAUAAAACAUUUUCCAUAAUCCAUAGAUUAAUAAGCCAACACAUAUAUUAUAGUAGAAAAUAAAGUCAUACUUUUUGAACUACUCUUUUAGUGUCUAGUAUAGUUAGUGUAACUGCUAUUUUAGUUUCACUUUGUCUUACUCUUAACUUACUGUAUUAGCUAAAGCAAAAAUCAUGGUUUGUUUCAAAUUAUCCAAUUAAUUGCAAAGCAAUCCAACUUCUUCAGUUAUAAAAUUGAGUUAAUUAGCAUAUUUUGUUUUAAACCAUGAUAUCUGAUCUUUAUAAAAGAAUAGGAAAGAGGAAGAGGAAAAGAAGUCCACUUCACUAGUCUAUUCGGUCACCAUAUAGGAAGUCCAAAGCAUGGUCACACUCAUUCCAAGCCUUAUGUAAUGGUUUAGCAUUAUAUAAUUUGAUGUGAAUCUAUGCUGGCAGUCAUUUAAUCAAGUGACCUACAUUGACAAGAUCUGUUAUUAUUUUAUGAAUACAUCUCAUAUUGACUUGUUUCCACAAAACUGAUUGUAUAGAAUGUUGAAAAUAUUGAAUGUUUGCUUAUUAAAUUACUUACAACCAGCA